UAGUCUCAAGGAAUUUCUCCUGGCUCACCUGUACUUCUACGGUCAUGGGGAAAUGCCCACCCGAAAAACUUCCGUAUCUUCUCCGCCACAUCCUACUCUGCCCUCCGGGAUCGCGCCAGCUUUCUUCCGGCAGAACCCUACCAACGUUGUCGCCUUCGUCGCUGCAACCAAUGGAUUCAGCGGAGCCGGCGUCCCCAAUCCGUGUGGUUUCGACUUUUUCGUCGCCGCUGGACCGACCCAUCGACGCGAGCUCGUCGAUACGGAAGCCGCUUAGCCUCUGGCCAGGGAUGUACCACUCGCCAGUAACCAACGCGCUGUGGGAAGCGCGGUCGAGUAUUUUCGAAAGGCUUCUCGAUCCAUCCAUGGACGGACCGCCGCAGAGCGAGUUCCUCACGAAGUCGCCGGCGCAAAGUCGGACAAGCAUAGUUUACAACUUCUCUACUGAUUACAUCCUACGGGAGCAAUAUAGGGAUCCAUGGAACGAAGUCAGGAUUGGGAAGUUGCUGGAAGAUCUGGACGCGCUAGCUGGCACCAUCGCAGUGAAGCAUUGCGCAGAUGAUGAUAGCACAACAAGGCCACUUUUGCUUGUUACUGCGUCAGUAGAUAAAAUAGUUCUCAAAAAGCCACUGUGUGUGGACAAAGACCUAAAAAUUUCAGGAGCUGUCACAUGGGUUGGUCGGUCCUCCAUUGAGAUACAGAUCGAAGUCACUCAGUCUGAACAAGAAAAUUCACUGCAAUCAGAUCCCUUGGCUCUAACAGCUUAUUUUACCUUCGUUGCACGUGAUUCUAAGACUGGAAAAUCUGCUCCUGUAAAUCGACUUGCUCCAGAAACUGACCAAGAGGACUUAUUUCUAAAGGAAGGGGAAGCAAGAGAUAAACUACGGAAGAGGAAGAGGGAAGUGGAAAAAUUGGCAUUUGAAGGUGGGCACAGUGUCCAUGGGGAGGUGAAACGAUUAAAGAGUUUGUUGGCCGAGGGUCGGAUAUUCUGUGAUCUUCCAGCUCUAGCUGAUAGGGACAGUAUUCUUAUACGAGAUACCCGUCUUGAGAAUUCGUUGAUUUGCCAACCACAACAAAGAAACCUUCAUGGGCGUAUUUUUGGAGGAUUUUUAAUGCACCGAGCAUUCGAACUGGCCUUCUCGACUGCUUAUGCCUUCGUUGGGCAUAGACCUUGUUUUCAUGAAGUUGAUCAUGUUGACUUUUUGAAGCCU